UGUUGCAUCAAUUUUUAAAAAGUUCCAAGAACGUCCAUCAUAUAAAAAUAGUGUUUCUUCUUCCGGGACAUACGUACAUGCCCGUAGACUCGGUCCAUGCAACAAUAGAACGCUUCAUUAACAAACGCACCGUUUGGGCGCCAUCGGAAUGGCAUACUUUAAUCGCUAAUGCGAGGGUUAAUCAUACACCUUUUGAGGUAAUUAAUAUGAAGCAUACCGAUUUCAUGUCUUGGAAAGAAGCGGCUAAAAAUGUAUUACCAAACAAAAUUAAUAAAACAAAAGAAGGAGAAAAAAUUUUACUGAGUCAGCUAAGAAUUGCUUCUUUCAAAAAAGGUGAAGAUGUCAUUAAAAUUCAAUAUUCUUUUUUGGACUGCGACGGACAACAAACUGUAGAACUUCGUCAACCACGUAAAUCUAAAAGGUCAGCCAGCAGUCUCCUAGAAAUGCCGAAAAUAGGAAAUUUAUAUCCAUCACCGCUCCCAAUUUCUGCCUUGAAGUUAAAGAAUUUAAUGGACCUAUGUGCCAAGCGCGUGAUUCCAGAACGCUACCACAAAGAAUACGAAAAUUUUAAGGGUACGAUAGAGGUUGAAGAUACAUUGGCAGAAACGGAUGAAGAGGAUGAAAAAGUUGAAGAAGACUGAGAUUUGUCUAAGCAGAGCUCCUAGAAUUAUGUUGUUUAUUUUGUUGUUUUUAUUUACUUCCAUUUAUAAACAAUUGACCUAUUUGUUUAUAAUUUCAUUACUUCUUAGAAACAAAUAGCUGAGCCUAUAAUUAUUUAGAAAUUCACAUCCAGAAACGAGCAGAACAUCGUAUGUGUAUCGUAAGCGGCUAAGAUUUAAAACACAAUUUUAAUAUUUUCUUGGCAAAACAU